AUGACAGGAGAGCUGGUUAUUACAACUUCACUCUAGGUUGCCACACCUCCCUUUAUCCUGUCGAUGGGGUUGUGCAAUCCUGCACCCCAUAAAUAGAGCCUCACCCCAGCCUCCGGAAGCUCCUGUAGGCCCAGCUCCCAAGGGAGCCUCUCGUCCUCUCCAGCAUUAGAGCCCGGUUUGCUGGCCGCCAUGAGGACCCACUGCCUGCUGCUGCUCAUGUUCUGCUUGCUCUUCUGCCCGAACGUCCCAGGUGCUGGUCUCACAGGUCUGGGCCACAGAGCAGACCAUUACCAGUGCGUGAGGAAUGGAGGAUUCUGUCUCUACUCUGCUUGCCCCAUGUUCUCUAAAAUUGUGGGCACCUGCUACAAUGGGAAGGCAAAGUGCUGCACCUGAGAUGGAGUCACUGGAGAGAACAUCAGAAGGAUGUGAAAUAUUUGUUUUAAUAAUUAAAAAAAAAAAAAAACA